UAAAUCAACCGGGGGAGGGGAGAAAUAGAAGCAAAAAACACAGAAGUGACCGAUCGUGAUCCUGUUGUUUUUGACCGGGACCGUGAGGACUGACUAGUAGCUAGUUAAUCCACUAAUUACCAGCUACUGUUAUUACAGGUCUAUGUUUAUUUUGUAGUUCCGUGAACAUUUAGCUAGCUAGAUAGCUAACUAGUAUAAGCCUGUUAGACUGCAAGCUAUUGAAGCGAUAUCUCAUCGUCCUACCGAGUGGUUUUGACUGCAGUGGUGUGCGCUGCUCGCUAGUUAGUUAGCUAGCUAGCUAGCUAGUAAUUUAAGUUAACAUAGCUAACUAGCUACCUAGCUCUGGGCUGCUCAAGGUUUUGGUUUCCCUCCCUUCUUUGGAUCCCGAAGAUGGUAUGUUUGUCCGCUCGGGCUCCUGUUGGUGACGGAGAGAGGAACAAUAUGGCGCCGGGAAUCGCUCCUGCUUCUGCUGGACCAGUGCUCGUCUAAGAUAGGCGAUUGAGCAGGAUGAACCUCUGCGCCCAAUAUUUAAGGCAGGCAGAGGCCCUGAAGGCGGAUAUGACCGAUUCAAAGCUGGGUCCGGCAGAGGUGUGGACAUCCAGGCAGGCACUGCAGGACCUGUACCAGAAGAUGCUGGUGACAGACCUGGAGUACGCCCUGGACAAGAAAGUGGAACAAGACCUCUGGAACCAUGCUUUUAAGAACCAGAUAACCACAUUACAGAGUCAGGCCAAGAACCGAGCCAACCCCAACAGAAGUGAGGUGCAGGCCAAUCUGUCCCUUUUUCUUGAGGCAGCUAGUGGCUUCUAUACCCAAUUAUUGCAGGAGCUGUGCACAGUGUUUAACGUGGACUUGCCCUGCCGAGUAAAAUCCUCUCAGCUCGGGAUAAUCAGCAAUAAACUGAACAGCAGCAGCUCCAUCGUGAAACCACAGCCUAGCUCCUGCUCCUACAUCUGCCAGCACUGUCUUGUUCACCUGGGGGACAUUGCACGCUACCGCAACCAAACCAGCCAGGCAGAGUCCUACUACCGACAUGCUGCUCAACUUGUACCAUCUAAUGGUCAACCUUACAAUCAGCUGGCCAUCUUGGCCUCUUCAAAAGGGGACCACCUCACCACCAUCUUCUACUACUGCAGGAGCAUUGCUGUCAAGUUCCCCUUUCCGGCAGCUUCUACCAACUUGCAGAAAGCACUCUCUAAAGCUCUAGAGGGUCGUGACGAGGUCAAAACAAAGUGGAGCGUGUCAGAUUUCAUUAAGGCCUUCAUCAAGUUCCAUGGCCAUGUCUACUUGAGCAAGAGCCUGGAGAAACUCAACAGCCUGAGAGAGAAGCUGGAGGAGCAGUUUCAGAAGCUGAUUCUUCAGAAGGCAUUCAGCUCCCAGCAGCUGGUGCACAUCACGGUGAUCAACCUGUUUGAGCUCCAUCACCUGAGAGACUUCAGCAGUGAGUCUGACGAUCAGAGCUUCAGCCCUGAGGAGCAGAUCAGCUGGAUCCAGCAGCUUGGAUUGUUCAUGUCUUUCCUGGGCGUGAUGUGCAGCCGCGCGUUGCUCAACAGGAACCGCGCAGAGAUUCUGGGAGAGUGUCCCCUUCCCGCCAUCAAGGUGUCCCUGGAGUGGCUCCGUCUUCGACCAACCGUCUUCACCGAGAGCGCUGUGGACAAGAGACAGUACAUUUGGCCCUGGCUGGUCUCCAUUCUGAACAGUUUCCAGCCCAGGGAGGAGGAUGUGUCCUGCACAGCAGUGAAUCCCCUCCCAGAAGAGUUUGAGCUCCAAGGCUUUCUGGCUCUCAGACCAGCUCUACGGACGCUGGACUUUUCCCAAGGCCACCAGGGCAUCGCUGUGGAUAAGGAAGGGCUCCCAGUGCGAGCCCGUCACCAGAGGCUCAUUAGCCUGGGGAAAUGGGUGGCAGACAACCAGCCUGGGCUGAUCCAGUGCCGUAUUGAGGACGGGCUGCUGCUGUUCAUAACGGAGAUCCCAGAGCUGGCCGUGGAGGAGCCCCAGGAGCGGGACGGGCCCGUACUGCAGGAGUCCUCUAACGGCGAGCAGACGGCCCACGAGGGCAGCCCCGGCCUGAAGUCCGUCCUGUCCGCCGGGAAGAACCAGAACAGUGGGCCGGAGAGCGCCGAGCGUCCCGUGGUCACCUUCAAGGAGAACAUCAAACCGCGCGAGCCCAGCCGGAACCACCACCCCAAGGAGAGCGGCAAGGAGAGGAGGGACUUCGGAAAAGGCAACGGUGCCCCCAGCCGGAGCGAACAGAAGAAGGACAAGAAGAAGAAUGAAGCAAAGAAGAGCUGCCAUGAGAAGACCACAGACACCGGCAAACAGGUGAAGGCACAGUCUGAAAUGAGGAAGACUCCAGUGUCCGAGGCGAGGAAGACACCAGUCUCUCAGACACAGACCACCAGCUCCUCCCAGUUCAUCCCAAUCCAUCACCCUGGAGCCUUCCCCCCCCUGCCCAGUCGGCCCGGAUUCCCGCCCCCAGCGUAUGUGAUCCCGCCCCCUGUGGCGUUCUCGGUGAGCCCUGGCUUCACGUUCUCGGCAGGCGUGUCAGUACCCGGCCCUUUCCUGCAGACGCCGUCCCACCCGCAGAGCGGUGCCCAGGUGCAGGCUGGGAAACCGUCGCACAUUCCCUACAGCCAGCAGCGGCCCUCGGGGCCCGGGGCCCUAAACCAGCAGCAGCAGCAGCAGCCGCAGCCACCUCAGCAGGCUGCGCAGCCAACUGCACAACAGUCUGCGCAGCUGCAGAUUCAGGCCCUGUCGCAGCAGCAGCAGUCACCCACCAAGCCUGUGCCGGCGCAACUGGGCAAGAGUCCACCUCACCACCCAGGCAUGCAGCAGUACAUGCAGGUGCCGGAGCAGUCUGCACAGCUGUGGAACCAGCACCAGACCGCAGCCUCGGGCGUGCAGAAGAUGCCAAUGCAGAUGCCAGUCAAGCAGCCGUUCUUCAUGCCGCCCCAGGACCCGCUGAAGCUGUUCGAGCACCCCCACUCCCAAGUGCCACUGCAGGCACCGCCCACCGCCAACAUGGACAAGAAGAUGAAGUUCCCCGAGGUCAAAGUUCAGGACUUCUACUGGGACCCGCCCUACCGUAUGACGGACAGCCGGUCCAUGAUGGGCCACCAGAUGGCCAGCGAGAGGCUGGUGAAGAGGCAGCCUGGAGUCUUCUGCCCCGGCCAGGACAGCAGCCAGAGGGGACCGUCCUAUGAGGACAACAAGAGCACCCCUCUCCUGCCUCCCGCCUUGUUAAAAAGUCUAGCAGACUUUGAGGAGGAGGAAGAGCUGGCCUUUGCUAAGCCUCAUGAUUUCUACCAGGCCUUGGCCAGCCCUCUUAGCUCUGCUCCUGGACCAAACAUGUUUUUGCCAAACCAGUCAAGACUGGAAAGAGCCACUGAGCAGACAUCCUCUCUCCUGCCACUGUCUGGAUUUCCCCUUCAGGAGAACUAUCAAAACAACAGCAUUUUUAGCGAAGCCUACGGCAAAAAUAUGAGCCCUAACCCCAAGCCUGACGUUCCUCUGGCACACCAAGAGCAUUCCCUCUACUCUCUGUUUGAAGGAACUCCGUGGUCCCCUUCUCUUCCGGCCAGCUCAGACCACUCCACGCCAGCCAGCCAGUCCCCUCAUUCCUCUAACCCCAGCAGUCUGCCCUCGUCUCCACCCACACACAACCACAGCUCCAUCCCCUUCCCCUCUUUCGGCCCCAUCGGCACCCCUGACAGUCGCGAGCGCCGCAUAGCUGACCGCUGGAAAGUGGAGAAGAAUGCGGCGAUGUGCGGGUUUGGGUUGGACUACUUGCCUGCUGCCUCCUCAGCCACAGAGACGAGCUGGCAUCAAGGCAGCAAUCCCAGCAACACGUGGGCUGCACAGGAAUCGCCCAUGGAGGACUCUUCCACCGUCCUCCUGGACAGCCUGAAGUCGAUCUGGUCCAGCUCCAUGAUGCAGUCGGGCCCGUCGGCACUGGAGCAGCUCCUGAUGCAGCAGCAGAAGCAGCAGAGGGGUCACGGCCCCAUGAACCCGCCGCACUGAGGGCUCCGAGCACCUGUGGAAACCACUGCAAGAUCCACCUACUCCGCCCGCAUGUGGGUGCUGGGGAAGGCCGAACACCAGGGUGACGCGAGCCCCUCCUCUCUCUGCGCCUCCACGGCAACGAGAGUGCGCUUGCACACCGCUGCUGUGCACGAAGCGGCCGACGAGCAGCUUACCCGACUUUUACAGCCUCCACGCUUUCUGACCUCCUCCGGAGGGUGGAGACGCAACCCCACCCAGCCCCCUCCACCCCCACCUCCGCUCACCCUCUCUGUGUGGACACCGUAGCCUCUGCACCGCAGAGCCGUGGGGUUUGGAGACCAGCCGUGUCGGGGAGCGAGAGGCUGCUCUGGUAAAGUCAUUUUGUCUUUUUCCCCCCCUUCAGAGGAAGGCUUGUUUUAGCUGAGUAAGGAAAGGGGCGUGUUAAUGACGACGGCGACGACAUCACCGCGAUUCGCGGGAUCCUAUCUCUUUUCGGGCUGUUCCGGAAUCAGCCGGCGACGCGAACGCGGAGCGAGAGGACGUCGCCGGCACGACGGCAGGUGUGCGGUGCGGCGUUGUGGAAGACCGCUUUUUGAUGAGCGCGGUGAAACGGCACGUUUUUUUUCCUGCCCGUCUAGGACGGAAACGCUCAAGUUCUCCGCAACGUUGGCUUGAGAGAAUCAGAUGGAAGGGGAGAGGAUAUAGAUUUAGGACUUAGUAUCAAUAACUGCAGUAGAGAUUGCAAUUAUUAAAAUACUGUAUUUUGUGAUUUGUUCUGUAGCAGUUGUAGCUUUAUGAAAUCUUGGGUAACUAUGUACACUAGUUUACUGCUGAUGGGGGAUGUUUAUAUUACUGUAUCCCCCAUUUUCCCUUCCCCCCUUCCUUCCUGGCUUUCUUUCAGUACAUAUUUUACUCUAGCUUACCUGCAUAAAGAGUUUAUUUUGUUCAUGUUCUGCCUUUUAAUGGUUUUAAGCAGCUUUAGGUGGCUCUCUGUGCCUGGUCAGUGUUUUUUUUUUUCUUUUUCUUUUCUUUUUUUUUAAUGAUUACUAUCAUGGUUGGCACUGUCUUUAAAUACAUGCAAGCAAACGGGUCCAGCAGAGCUGCUGGUUCAGCACUAUGGGGCACAAGCCGAGAGAGAGACUGCUUAUGGAGAGGGCAGAGAUCAGGAGAGCACCUCACAGCCACUAUACAACUCUACAGUGUCCUUCAGUGAUAUACUCUAAUUCACCAUGCUCCCAGCUCUUACUGGCCUGUAAGAUAACCGCUGUCUUUAUACAUGCACUUGCAUAUACACAUAACUUUAAAUGAACAAUACAUAUAGAUGCGCGUAGACACACACCUGUACAUGCACACAGACACGUGCACACACACGUACAAAUAUAAGCACUCGCACACAGGUUAUUUUUUUACAGUCUGGGCAGCAAAGGAGGCCUUUUGAAUAAGCGAAAGACUGAAUAUGACACUUGUAUGAGGGAAAGCGUGUUUCUUUUUAUUUUCAUGUAGAGAAUAUUUUAUUAAAGAACUUUAAGUGACGUG